AUCCUCCGUGUCUGUAAAGCUCAGUUUCACCGGAGUGCUUAAAACUGUCUCUACCAUUGUCUCCGAUUACGCCGCGUCACUUUGAUGGGGAAUUCGAUAUCAGGGCGGGAAGAUGCCUGUUAUGAAGGGAUUGCUCGCGCCACAAAACACAUUUUUGGAUACUAUAGCGACGCGUUUUGACGGCACACACAGCAACUUCAUCCUGGCCAAUGCACAAGUGUCCAAAGGCUUUCCCAUCGUGUACUGCUCUGAUGGAUUCUGUGAGCUCACUGGAUGUGUGCGCACUGAGGUCAUGCAGCAGAGCUGUGCGUGCAAGUUCCUGUAUGGACCCGAGACCAGCGAGCACAUCAUACUUCAUGUGGACGCCGCACUUGAGGAGCGGAGCGAGCUCAAAGAAGAGAUCAUGUUCUACAAAAAGAAUGGUAGUGUUUUCUGGUGUCUGCUGGAUAUUGUGCCUAUAAAGAAUGAGAAAGGAGAUGUGGUUCUAUUCCUCGCCUCUUUUAAAGACAUCACCGACACCAAAGCCAAGUCUAUCCUUGAGGAGAAAAAAGAAGAGUGCCGACGCGAGAAGGUCAAGGGCGGGUCUCCGUUCGGCUCCACUCGACUGCGAUCCAGCACAGUUCUGUACCAGAUUUCAGGACAUCUGCACAGCCGUCAAAAACAGAGUAAAAUAAAAAUUAACAAGAAUGUGUUUGGUGAUCCACCGGCUCUUCCUGAAUAUAAAGUUGCUGAUGCCAAGAAGUCAAGAUUUAUUCUGCUCCACUUUAGCACCUUCAAAGCAGGCUGGGAUUGGCUGAUUCUUCUGGCUACGUUCUAUGUCGCUGUGACCGUGCCGUAUAACGUCUGUUUUAUUGGUGAUCAAGACUUGAAUCGUAGCACCACGGUCACCGACAUUGCAGUUGAGAUUCUUUUUAUUAUAGACAUAGUGUUCAGUUUCCGCACCACAUACGUGAGCAAGUCGGGCCAGGUGAUCUUCGACGCGCGGCAGAUCUGCAUCCAUUACAUGACCACCUGGUUCAUCAUCGACCUGGUUGCUGCUCUACCCUUUGAUCUUCUUUACGCUUUUAAAGUCAGCGUGGUGUCAGUGGUCCAUCUGCUGAAGACCGUACGCUUGCUGAGACUCCUGCGUCUGCUACAGAAGAUGGACCGAUACUCUCAGCAUAGUACAGUGGUGCUGACACUGCUCAUGUCCAUGUUUGCACUUCUGGGUCACUGGAUGGCCUGCAUCUGGUACAUCAUAGGCAAGAAAGAGGUGGAGAGCAAUGCAGACACCUGGGAUAUAGGCUGGCUGCACGAGCUCGGGAAGCGGCUGGAGUCUCCAUACGAGGAGGUGGGCACUGGCGCAGUCAAUGGAACGGUGAGCAAUGGACCGUCUUUACGAAGCAUCUACAUCGCAGCGCUGUAUUUCACCCUCAGCAGCCUGACCAGCGUGGGCUUCGGAAACGUCUCUGCCAACACAGACGCAGAGAAGAUCUUCUCCAUCUGCACCAUGCUCAUUGGAGCGUUGAUGCACGCUCUGGUCUUCGGUAAUGUGACGGCCAUCAUCCAGCGCAUGUACUCGCGCUGGUCUUCUUACCACACGCGCACCAAAGACCUGAAGGAUUUCAUCCGCGUGCACCACCUGCCCCAGAGCCUCAAACAGCGCAUGCUGGAAUACUUUCAGACCACCUGGUCCGUCAACAACGGCAUCGACUCCAACGAGUUAUUAAAGGACUUUCCCGAUGAGUUGCGUUCAGACAUAGCGAUGCAUCUAAAUAAAGAAAUCCUGGAGCUGUCUGUCUUCUCUGCUCUGAGUCGCGGAUGUCUGCGUUCUCUCUCCCUGCACAUAAAAACAUGGUUCUGCGCGCCGGGCGAGUAUCUGCUGCGGCAGGGAGAUGCUCUGCAAGCUCUUUUCUUCGUCUGCUCUGGGUCUAUGGAGGUGCUGAAGGACAACAUGGUGCUAGCUAUCCUCGGCAAGGGCGACCUGAUUGGCGCAAACAUGUCCAUGGGAGACCUGGUCAUAAAGACGAACGCUGAUGUCAAGGCUCUGACGUACUGCGACUUGCAGUGCAUCAAUUUGAGGGGUCUGUACGAGGUGCUCGACCUGUAUCCUGAAUACUCCCACCGCUUCGUUCAAGACAUCACUCAAGACCUCACCUACAACCUGAGAGAAGGUCAAGAGAGCCACGUGACAUCCAGAGUGUCCAGCAAGACCACGGACACGCAGUUGGAGGGACGGGGAAACGGAGACGUGAUCCAGUGCUAUCCACCAAUAGCUGAGCAGCCGGACGAGCUGGAAGACGAAGAGGACAAACAGAAACAAUAUGUCAGCGGUGGAACAAAACAAAAAACCUACAUACAGAAAAACAAUCAUCAAACCAGCAAAAAGCUCCACAUUCAGCACACCGCUGUUCCAAAGCCUGACCUCGCAAAUCUCAGUCCAAGGAUUGUAGAUGGAACCGAGGACAACAGUGGUGCAGAAAAUUCCCAUACCUUCAUAUUUUCCUCUGGUCACCAGCACACCAUCAGUACUCCAGCUAACACCACCUCAAGUGCUGCAGAUUUAGCAGCAAAAUCAGAGGAGACCAGAGGACAGUUACGACACCUCAACCAAGAGGUGAACUCUCUAGGAAGAGAAGUGGCCGAGCUGGGACGAGUCAUGCGCAGUCUUGCUUUUCUCCUUGAAUCCAUGAUGGCCUCUCAGACACCAGCUGUCUGUACAUCAACGUUUACCUCGGGACAUCCCUCUCCUCACGUCCCGUUCCAGGGACAGGGUUCCUCCUGGGCCAGCCCACCCUUUCCUUCACCAAUGCACCCUGGGAUACGUCCAGGAGGACUAAUAUCACUCAGACCGCAAGAACAGCAGCGCCCCACCCUCUCUCCUGGCUCCUCGGCUGGAUCUUUUCCUGUCGUGCUUUCAGCUUCCCCCCAUACGGACAGAUCCAAAGAGCCCUUACUGGCCUACCACAGCACAGCUCGGACCCGAUCGCAGAGUUUGGAAACACCCAUUCUGGAUCAUCACCGACACAUUUUGUACACCCCUGGGACAUUACCCAGAGCUGGACAAACAUCAUUGGGGGACGGGAAAGAUUUCAGGUCUCUGGGCUUUUAG